UUUCUUAUCCACACAAUCUCAUGCGCAAGAGAGAGAGAGAGUUAUACAACCCAAAGCUGUUUAAUAAGCAGUGAGAGAGACAUUUGCGCACACAAAACCCACACCCAACCCUCCUCGCAAAAGAAAAUGUGGCAAACCGCAAAGCUCUUCCAAUCCUCAGCUCAACUCCUCCGUCCGCAAACUCCUCCCACGCCAAUUUCUGACUCACCCACCUCCCCAUCUACUCUCUCCCUCAAACACCACUGCCGAUUCUCCCGCCGGGACCUCGCAAUUUUCACCACCACCUCCUCUCUGCUUCUCUUAAAGCCUCUUGCCAAGACACAGGCCGAAGGAAACCCCCCAAACACCGACGGAAAUGGAAAACAGGAAGAGAAUUCAAGUACCACCAUUUCUAAUUCUGGUUGCUUGGACAGAACUCCAACAAAGAAAGCAUUUCUUGAUAUAUCCAUCGAUGGGGAGCCGAUCGGUCGCAUUGUUAUCGGUCUGUUCGGUAACAGCGUCCCAGCUAGCGUUGCCAAGUUUAGCGACUUUGUCAGUGGGGCCGCUGGAAUCAGUUACAGAAGAAAGGAGUUCGUCAAAAUUAUGCCUAAUUAUGUACAACAUGGUGGGCUAAGAUCCUAUGGGGUGGAUGCUGAGCUGGCAAAGACAACAGGAGGAGGAGGAGGAGGGAAUUUGGGUAUUGAGAGGCUUAGAGAAGAGUGGGAGAGAGUACUGAAUGGAAGUUGUCAACAAGGGACUACUAAGAAUGUAGAGGGGAGUGUUAGCAUCAUUGUGAGGGAUCCAUUGAAACCCCCUCCCAAGUUGAAGUUGGUUGCAAGGAAAGGGAAGUUGGAGAUUGAUGAGGAGGAGGUGGGGACGGAGCCUAACGGGACGGAAUUCCUUAUCGCCACCAAGGACUCGCCUGAGUUGGACGCGGCAGCGUUGGUGGUCGGGAGAGUGUUGGAGGGGAUGGAGGUGGUGCACAGGAUUGGGCAGGUCAAGACUGUGCAGGAGAAUACUAGCUCUCCUUAUUUCAGGGUGGCCAAGCUGAUUGGAGAUAAGAGGGCUGUAGUUGCAGAGAGAGGCUUCAACCGCCCUUACGCGAAGAUGGAGGCGUGAAUAGCUUUUUGACUGAGGCAACAGGAUCAUCCACCUGUGAGAAGUAAACAAAGAUCAAGGUGAUGAAAGAUAAAGACCAUCAAAAAAAGAGAGGUGAUGAUAGAUACACGGGCAAAGAAUGUGACAACAGACCAUUCAUAAUUAGGGCUAGUAUGGGUGGGUAAACCUACACACAUGUUCAUCUGCAGUGCUAAUGCUGUGUUUGGAUCAGGAUUUGUAGAGGCAAAGGAAAUGGAAAAGAUAAAAGGACAAUGAUGAGUAGAAGAAGCUACAUUUCUUUCAUUAGGUUCCUACCAUUUUCCUUGGCAAAUCUCUGAACAUAAUAAUCAACAUAUGCAUUAUCAGACCCAGCCUUCAUGUUUGAUAGGAUGGAGAUCCUUAUUACAAUGCACAUGACUUUGUGCCAACUAUAGGCAUGAUACAGCAACUUCUGCCACCAUGCAUGAUUUUUAGGAUGGAGAUCCUUAUUACAAUGCAAAAGGAUUUAACUGCACCAUAUUCGGAACUACCUUAUAAAAAAUGUCCCGCAAUCAUGCUCGAUAAAAUGAGGCUUCCUUGAGGAAAAGGGGAAAACCCUUUGGGUACACACCAUAUCAAACUUUUCAUAACUAGCCACAAUAAUUAGUUGCUAACACUAAACACUUCCGUAGCUAGACCCUAUAAUUUUUCAUCUUCCAUGAUCACCACACA